CAAAUACUUAGCAAUUAAAGUGAGUGACACUGAUAAAAAUUAAACAAAAGCAACAACUUCAACUGCUAGAAAAUGGAUAAGGUUGAAAACAACUAUCAUGUCUUAGGAAAGACUCUGCCAGAUCAGGCUUCAACUGAAAUCAGUUAUGGUAGGAGUUUUAAAACCUUUCCACUGGUAGCUGAUGACUAUUUUGCAGUUAGUAUUCCGAAUGCUUCAAUGGCUGGAGCUGAUCAGGAAAGCGAGCUUGAUGUGAGUUGUGUUUCGAAUGAUGAGUUAGGAAAGACUCUGCCAGAUAGGUAUAAACCUUCCGCUGACAUGAGUAAAGCUGCUGAAGUUACUGGAACUGGAAUUAACAUGGCUAAGAGUCCAAAAUGUUAUUUACUUGUGGAUUAUUCUUCAUCUGACGAAUCAGAUGCUUCAAUGGAUGAUUCAGGAAAGACUCGGCCAGAUAAAACAUCCACUCCAAGGAAAGAAGUGAAAGGAAAGAAAAGGCCUGCCUUAUCCCAAGAAGAAAAGAAAGAGAAAGAAAGACAAAUUGCAGAGAAGAAAGCAGAAAGAGAACGCUUACGCAAAGAAAAGAAAGAGGAAAAGAAAAAGAAAGAAGAAGAAAGAGAAACUGAGAAGAAGAAGAGAGAAGAAGAAAAAAAGAAGAAGGAGGAAGAAAAAGAAGCAGAAAGGAAAAAGAAAGAAGAAGAAAAGAGUAAAAAGGAAGAAAUUAAAGAAACUGAAAGGAAGAGAAAAGAAGAAGAAAAGAAACGUAAAGAAGAAGAAAAGAGACAAAACGAAGAAAUUAAAGAAGCUGAAAGGAAGAGAAAAGAAGAGGAGAAGAAACGAAAAGAAGUAGAAAAGGAAAAUGCCAAAAAGAUAAAAGAAGAUGAGGAACGGCGGAAAAAAGAAAAUUUUGCUCAAAAAUACGUGAAACAUGCCCCUGUUUUUCGAACGGAAUUUGAUACUUCUAGAAAGAAAUACUUGGAACAGAUUCUGAAAAAGUCAGAUUCGGAACCUUCAGUUGAUUUAAAUCUUCGCCAGUAUAGAGAAAACAAAGGAAGAAGUUAUGGUGCUACUUGGCCAAUUAAGGAUAAUGAUGUUGGAGUGAUUGACGAGGACGAAGCGAAAGCCCCCAUCAACAACGAAACCAUUGUAACGAUCGUCCAUCCAGUCCCUCAUAGAAUGCGACCCAAGUUAGUCCAGUUUUGGGAAAAUCGUCGUCCUGCCUAUUGGGGAACCUGGAGAAAAUCGAGUUAUUCAGUGGGUCCAAGACGUCCUUUCGGCAAAGAGAUCAUAUUCGAUUACGAUGUCGAUUCUGAUGAUGAAUGGGAGGAGGAAGUUGAACCGGGCGAAUCUUUGACCGAUUCAGAAGGUGAAGGCGAAGAAAAAGAGCCAGCCGAUGAUUAUGAGGUAGACAAUGAAUUCCUUGUACCCCAUGGAUACUUGAGCGACGACGAAGGAGAGAAGGAUGAAGACGAGAGAGCGCUAUCCACGUCUGCAGCCAAAGAGAAACUCAAGUUAAAGGAAGAGCAAUUUGAGAGAGAGUUGAAGAAGAAGACGUGUUAUAUCAAACCCAGCUUGAUCGGUUGUUGCUGGUCGGAUGACUUUAACCCUAAUCCGCAGCAUCUUAAAGUUCUUGAGCGCUACGCACCGAUUGUAUUGUCUUCAACACUGCCGAUAGAACUGAAAAGUGAGGGUGAGGAGUCGGAUGACAACAUCAACAAGAAAUCGACUAAACGCUUAGUCAAUGAAAAGGAUAUACCUGACCUUAUUCGCGUACUUCAUGGAAGCUUAUUCGGAAGAUCCACGAUUGUUCAAGAGUUUCAGUUGCAUUUGGAACGCAAUAGAGCCGGUCAAAACCAGAAUGGUCCAUCCAAGGCACAAAUAUUGGCCAAAAUUUCUGAAAUUGCGUCAUAUAGCAGAUGUACAGAAGCCGGAGCAAUGAGUGGAAAAAUUUGUUGGCUCGUGCAACCAAGUGUUCUUGAGCAUUACAAUCUCGCUGAAUUAUCUGUCAUCAAUGCUUGGGAAUUCGCUACCGAUACGAAAAAGCGAGGACGUAAGACCGACGAUUCUGAGGAGGACACCCCACUAGCAAAGAUCCCGCGCGUGUCGCCCAUUAAGGAAUUUGAUCAGCCAGCUAGUUUACCAGCAAACAGAGUUUCUUCAUCGCAGGAGAACGAGCUUUCAGAAUCGGGGAAAGAUUCAAAUGUGCCAGCUAAGCAACCAAUUUUCUCAACUCCUAAAGGGAAGAAAACGCAUCUCGUUGAUAAGUCUCCCAACAUCUGCAACCAAGAAACCCAAGAGUGAUACUAAAACAACUCCAUUAACCAAUUUCUUAAAGAAAAUGAGUGCAAAGAGGCACUGUCCAAAUUAUCAGAGAAUAUUGACGACUCAUUGGAUGGGAUCAAAUGUUUUACUUUUGAGUUAUUUGUGUCGUUCCUUUCGAGUAAUUUAAUGUUUAGAGCAUGUUUUUUCCCCUGCAAAAUUUAUAUGUUGAUAUAUGGGAUGUAUCUUUUUUUCUGUAACCGUUGCAUACACCUAAAUUUCUAUUACACGGAUGAAAUAUA